GUGUGUGAGUGUGUGUGUUUCCCCCACAACAUAAAGGCGACGUUCACGGCUAAAAACUUGCAAUUCAUGGCAUGGAGGAGGCGGCGGCAGCCCUAUGAUCUGUGAGAGGUGAGGAGGUGGUGGAGCAGCGGGCUCUGAACCCACUUAUUACCGAGCCGAAGUCAAGCCUCGUCUAGCUGGUCGAGUGUUUUCCUCUUUUUUGCUCCUCACUGUCCUCCUUUUCUUCGCUUAGGCGAAUUUUGAUAGAACAUCAGCGCGUUUUCUAUGUAGUUUGGUGGGCUAAUUAGCCUGCUUGUUUCGCAAAGAGGAAAGGAGCUCCUACUGCAGCAGAUGCUUUCAACUUUGAGCAAGAGGGACAACCCCUAAAGCCCGUUUUUUACACGAGGGACAGACACAUCUCCGUCAUCUUCCACUUCAUGAAAAGGACGCGUCUCGGUGAAAGGUGAUCACAGAACUGACUAUGGCAGCUACUCUAUCGGCGGAGGAAGAACAGGCAACAAGGCAGUUUCUGGAAGAAAUCAACAAGUGGACCAGUCAGCAUGGGGUGUCAUCGCUGUCCAGGGAACUGGCCAUCAAGUUCCUCAUGGCUCGAAAGUUUGACGUCCUGCGAGCCAUCGAGCUUUUCCACAGCUACAGGGAAACGCGUCUGAAAGAAGGAAUCGUCCGACUCCAGCCUCAGGAAGAACCUCUGCGCUCGGAGCUGCUCAGUGGAAAGUUCACAGUGUUGAGUGUACGGGAUCCUUCGGGGGCGUCCAUUGCCUUGUACACUGCCAAGCUCCAUCACCCCAACAAAACAGGCAACCAUGUGGUGCUUCAGGCUCUCUUCUACCUCCUGGAUCGAGCCGUGGAAAGCUUUGAGACCCAGAGGAAUGGCUUGGUGUUCAUCUACGACAUGGCGGGCUCCAACUACACAAACUUCGAGCUGGACCUGAGCAAGAAGAUCCUCAACCUGCUCAAGGGGGCGUUCCCUGCCAGGCUGAAGAAGGUUCUGAUUGUCGGGGCCCCCGUUUGGUUUCGAGUGCCCUACAAUCUGCUCAGCCUGCUUCUCAAGGACAAACUUAGGGAGAGGGUCCAGAUGGUGAGAAUGGCGGAGCUGCGUCAACACCUCCCCAGAGACUGCCUCCCGCAGCACCUGGGCGGCCUGCUUCCUCUGGAGUCCUUCAGCUGGAACCAGCAGCUCCUGGCGGGUCAGAACGGCCGAGUGGACCCGGUGGACGAGCUGGUGGGAAUCCCCGUGGAAGAAGCUUCAAUCCACGUCCCCGGAGCCGAGGCCAUGCGCCCGCAGGAGCUGCUGACGCACCUCGGCAGGCUUCAGCGCACCGGCAUCCACCUGGAGUACGAGGAGGUCCGCAAAGAACCGCCGCCCGGGACCUUCAACUGCGCGCAAUCAGCUUACAAUCAGGAGAGGAAUCGCUACGGCGACGUGCUGUGCCUUGAUCAAACCAGAGUUCGUUUGAAACCCAGAAGGAAUGAGCGAACAGACUACAUCAAUGCAAGCUUCAUGGACGGCUACAAACAGAGGAAUGCAUACAUUGGUACUCAAGGACCGCUGGAAAAGACCUACAGUGAUUUCUGGAGAAUGGUCUGGGAACAAAACGUGCUUGUAAUCGUCAUGACUACCAGGACAGAUGAGGGCAGUCGGAGGAAGUGUGGACAGUAUUGGCCUCUGGAUGAAGGGGGGCAGGAGGUCUAUUGCCACAUGGCAGUGGUUAACCAAAGGGUGGACAACCACACCCACUACAACCACACCACCCUCGAACUGCACAACACUGAGACGUGUGAACAGAGACAAGUGAGUCACUUCCAGUACCUCAGCUGGCCUGAUUACGGCGUUCCCACCUCAGCAGUGACUCUCAUUGACUUCCUGGGAGCUGUGAAGAGACAACAGAGGAAAAUGGUGACCGCUUUGGGACUUCAGUGGGCGGGCCACCCUCAGGGACCCCCGAUGGUGGUCCACUGCAGCGCAGGCAUCGGGAGAACAGGUACCUUCUGUGCUCUGGACAUCUGUCUGUCCCAGUUACAGGACGUCGGCUCGCUGAAUGUUUGCCAGACGGUGCGACGCAUGAGAACACAGAGAGCCUUCAGCAUCCAAACGCCGGACCAGUACUACUUCUGCUACAAUGCCAUUCUGGAGCACGCCCAAAGACAGGGCCUGCUCCCAGCCAAUCAGUGAGCUUCAGCCGUGACUUCCCAAAAUUAAUCCACGAGCCCUGACAUCUCUGCAGUCAGUCUGUUAACCCCAUGCUGUGUUGUGUGACCAAUUUGUGAGCCCAGGCAAGUUAACUUCCUCGCAGAAUCCGUCUUCUGUAACUAGGUCAUUCUUCAAGCCAGACCAAGACAAGACGGUGAUAAGAGAAGGUCCUGAGUGUUGACAUUAUGAUGUUUCAAUGUGAUAACAAUGUGACAUUUUGUUUAUGCCCAACAUAUCUCAGACAAUACGUGGCAGCGUGAACAAACUGCUCCUGUUUUGUGCAGUUUUGUGGUCUGUGGUCGGCAUAGUGGGUGACGUAAUUGAGGUAAUGUCCAUUCACCUUUUUUUAUUUAUCUGCCAUUUAAAACCAAUGGUUUAGGGGACCUUUUUAAAGGAGUAGUUCACCCCAAAAUGUUUCAGUCUCUCAUCCCAUAUCAGUUAAAGCUCAGCAGAAGUUUGUAAGACAAUGCUAACAAUACAUUUGACCUUUAAAGUAAACAUGGCCAUUGAGUGCCACGAGUCAUUUAAUUUUGAUCCAAAGGCUUUUUUUACAUCGGCAUAAUUAAUUUAUACAUAAAAUAUCAUUGUGAUAAGGUAAGCGGAGACUAAAAUACUUUGCUCAUUGACAUGGAGAAAGUCCAAUUUUCAUUUUGGGGUGAAACUAUCCUUUAACUAAGUAAACCAUUUUCUAUUCCAAAUGAUGGAGCUUAAGCUCAGCUGUCACCACCUGUUACACCUCCUAUGUCCCGGAAAUAUUGCGUAGUGCAUUUUCAGCACAUGGUAUUUGUCACAUAGACGGUACGAGCCAGUCUCAGGAGUGUCACACUGAACACAAGGAGGUGAAACUGCUCAACUUAAAAAACGAUGUAGUCUUUUUCCAAGAAGUCGUUGUAUUCCUUUGAGGUUACAUGAUGCAUUCUCCUUUGCCUUAGUAAAGAAAAAAGCAGCAGUAAAGAGGGGUAAGCACAUCCAAAAUGACCGGGCUGUAAACUCCUAAAUGGCCGUUACACCCCCUCCUGUGAUCACUUGUUAAAUGCCUUUUUUUCUAAAUGUAUCCACUGACCUUCCAUCUCACCUAUGAGAUUUCCUGACUCUGAAACAGACAGGGACCGGUGUCUGUGGCCGCCUUCGCUCACUAGCAGUGCCAUCAUGCUUCAGUGACUGUGGGAAUGCAUCGCUAAGUGCCCACGCACAUGCACACGCACACAUUUAGAGCAGUCUGCAGUGACUAUGCCAUCAAAGUCAUCAGUUAAGACCUCAUGAGUAGUGCAAUACUUCUUCUUUUUUUUUUCUUCUCACAAAUCAUGUCUUAGCACUUUCAAAUAACUGUUCCCAAUGUGCUCUGAGAAUAGUCAUCGUGGAGAUAGGAUGUGAUGACGAGUGCAACUUAGUUCUGUAGCUCUACGUGUGAUGCUGGGAUAGUUAAUCUUAGUAAUGCUGAAAUAUAAAACCUUUAGUGACAUUUUGGACUUACUGUAAUCGUCUGCAUAGAGCUUUAUUGGGACGAAUCUAAAUAAUUGUUACAGGGAAGCCAGAAAAUAAUGAUAGAACUGAAUAAGCAUGCACUAAUAUGUGCCUACGCCCUACAGAGUCCUUCUUGAGUUUUGUCUGAAGUAUAUUUCAUUAUUCUUGUUAUUUUAAGUUCUACAGACUGUGGUUGUAAUCAGUGCUUUCAUUUGGUCCCAGUAUCUUGCCAUUAUUAUAGAGUACAUGUACAAAAACUGUUUCAUACGCUGCAUUAUGUCAUUGCUUGGUGAAAAAAUAAACUGUUCUUUGCUACAGAAUUCAUAUUGAAUUUUCUUGUAGUGAAGCCUUUUUAAGUCUGCCAUCCUCACGCACUCUUGUUUUAGAAUUAUUUUUCCUUUCAAUGAUGGACGCAAAAUGUGCCCUAUUUUAUUUUUCUAUUGUAUUCAACAACUGUUUUCAUACGAUUACCCAGGAUAUACAGUUAUCUACAUUAAUUUUAUAUUUGUUCUAUUAUAACCUAUUACUUUACCAUUCGUAUGACUAUUGAAUCAAGCUAUACUGUAUUAAAUACAAACUAUGUCAACGUAAA